AAAAAACAUUACACGUUGGUUUGCCAACCGUCAUGAACCGAAAAAUAAGAGGAAGAAGAGGAAGACCACGGCGUCGACGGGUCAGCUCGAUACAGGCGUAGGGCAAAUCGGUUAUAAGUAAGGUAGUUUACAUUACUCUCUUGACACAAUGGGACGUCACUUUGGAGACUUGGCCAAGAUAAGACACAUAAUUACUUACAGCAUUUCACCCUUUGAGCAGAGGGCUUUCCCCCACUACUUUUCUAAGGGAAUCCCCAAUGUUUGGAGACGAUUUUCAGCAUCCAUAUUCAAGGUUGCACCUCCCAUGGUUUUGAUGUACCUCACAUACACAUGGGGUAAUCAUGUUCAUGAGCAGAGCAAGAGGAAGAAUGCUGUGGACUUUGAGAAUGACAAGUGAACAAGUCUAACUGUCUUUGCCUGUGCUCUGUAUGUGAUUUAUAAAUAAUAAAGAUUGUAUAAAGUGAAAA